CCGAUUGUCAAAACGUGGCCUCCAAGCCAAAUCCGCCGCCUGCCAAAUAAGUACCUACCGAGCAUUCGAAAUUCGGCCCACGCCCCAGCUUGCUAUUUAGGACCAGAGCCCACCGCCCAACGUCGGCACUCUUCCACCACCAUCGUCCUGUCAAUUGCCAUCGUACGAAGACCGCUGGCCACACGACACCAGGUUCCCAUCUGCAACCCCCUGCGCAGCUACCGAGAUGGCUGCUCCCAAUGAUGGACAGGGCCAGUACCCCGCGCAACAAUACCCCCCUGGAGAGCAGUUUGGUGGUUACGAGGGUCAAGCAGCGUCGCCGCCUCCCCAAUCUGUCCCUGCAGAUGGCGGGAAGAAGAAGAAGAGAGGCUAUGCCACCCAGGCCUUCGAGUUCGGUAGCGGGGCGAAUGCCGGUGUUGGUGGCGCCGUCCCCCCUGGGGGUGCUCCUCCGAUGCCUGGUGCUCCAGGUUUCGGCGGCGCACAACAACCUGCACCGGGCUAUGGCGGAUAUCCAGCGCAAGGGUUCGAUCAAGGAGCCUACAAUGCGCCUGUGCCCACUCCUUACGAUGCUCAGCAGCCCGGCGCUCCUGCGCAACCCCCAGCCGCCGGGUAUCAAGCGCCCGGCCCUUACUAUUCAGGUGCUGCCGCCGGGGGCAUGGGUCCUCUUACACAGAACAUGGCCGGUUUGAAUAUGGGAGGGCCUCAGCAAUCUCCAGUUCCACAGCAGCAGCAGCAGCCAGCCCAACAACCUCGCCUCGCCCUAAACCAGCUGUACCCUACAGACCUACUGAACCAGCCCUUCAAUGUCUCCGAAUUGGACCUGCCACCACCCGAUUGUAUUCUACCCCCUAAUGCCAGCGUCACCCAAUCACCACACGCAAACUGCCCUCCCAAAUACGUUCGAUCCACUAUAAACGCGGUUCCAACUACCCACUCCUUGUUGAAGAAGUCUAAGCUUCCUUUUGCUCUCGUCAUCCAGCCAUAUGCUGCCCUCCAUGACAUCGACGACAAUGUACCCGUCGUCCAAGAUCAAGUAAUUGCGCGUUGCCGGCGGUGUAGGACAUAUAUCAACCCUUACGUGACUUUCCUCGACCAGGGGCAUCGUUGGAGAUGUAACAUGUGUAACCUUACUAAUGACGUGCCACAAGCGUUUGACUGGGAUGCUUCUACACAGAAGAGUGUCAACCGCUGGGACAGAUACGAGCUAAAUCACGCUGUGGUUGAGUUCGUCGCCCCACAGGAAUACAUGGUUCGCCCUCCCCAGCCCCUCGUUUAUCUCUUCCUCUUUGAUGUGAGCUACGCCGCCGUAUCAAACGGCCUCCUUGCCACAAGCGCUCGAACUAUUCUUGAAAAUUUGAGCAGGAUACCAAAUGCCGAUCGCCGGACUCGUCUAGGAUUUAUCGCCUUCGACUCGAGUCUACAUUACUUUUCUAUUCCCAAAGAUGAGGAUGAGAAUGGUGAGACGAGUAUGCUGGUCGUGAGCGAUCUCGAAGAACCGUUCCUGCCUAUGCCCCACGACCUUUUAGUUCCCUUGACAGAGAGUCGGCAGAGCAUAGAGAACUUCCUAACUAAAUUGCCGCAAAUGUUCGAGAAUAACCAGAAUAACGGAUCUUGUCUGGGCUCGGCGCUUAGAGCUGGCCAUCAGCUAAUUUCCCCCCUAGGAGGAAAGAUCGUUUCUUUAACAGCGUCUCUUCCAAACAUGGGUGCUGGAAAAUUGGAAAUGCGAGAAGACAAAAAACUUCUUGGUACAUCAAAAGAGAGCAGCCUUUUACAGACCGCUAACAGCUUCUACAAGUCUUUCGCUGUUGAAUGCUCGAAGAAUCAGGUCUCCAUUGAUAUGUUCCUUUUCUCUUCGCAAUACCAAGAUGUGGCUUCCCUUAGCAACCUCCCUCGGUACACUGGCGGCCAGACAUGGUUCUAUCCUGGAUUUAACUCCGGCCGAACCGAAGACGCCGAAAAGUUCGCCCAUGAAUUUGGCGACUAUCUGUCUUCAGAGAUUGGCUUAGAGGCCGUGCUUCGAGUCCGCGCUUCAACAGGCCUGCGCAUGAGCACGUUUUACGGCAACUUCUUCAACAGAUCUUCAGAUCUCUGUGCAUUCCCAGCUUUCCCUCGCGACCAGUGUUAUGUGAUCGAGGUAGCGAUCGACGAGAGCUUGCAGAAACAAUUCAUAUGUCUCCAGGCAGGUGUUUUAUAUACGACCUGUAAUGGGGAGCGACGCAUUCGGGUUAUGACGCUUUCACUUCCCACAACUACUAACCUGGCAGACAUGUACGCUUCGGCUGACCAGUGUGCUAUCACUACCUACUUCAGUCAUAAAGCAGUAGAGAGAGCCCUGAGCAGUGGUCUUGAUGCUGCCAGAGACGCUUUGCAAAGCAAGAUCAUUGAGCUUCUGCAAACAUUUAAAAAGGAAUUGGGUGGUGGAAGUAUGGGCGGCGGCGGCUUACAAUUCCCCGCAAACUUGCGUGGCUUGCCUGUGCUAUUCCUCGGCUUGAUAAAGAACAUUGGUCUACGCCGCUCUGCGCAGAUCCCGUCGGAUCUUCGAUCGGCAGCGCUAUGUCUGCUGUCGACGCUACCUCUACCGCUCCUCAUCCAGUACAUUUACCCCCGACUAUACUCACUACACGACAUGCCUGACAAUGCGGGCGUACCUGAUCCAGAGACAAGUCAGAUUGUUCUUCCGCCACCGCUGAACCUUUCCUCGGAGCGGUUUGUUUCUUACGGGUUGUAUCUCAUCGAUGAUGGGCAGACACAAUUCCUAUGGGUUGGACGAGAUGCGGUCCCACAGUUGCUGGCCGACGUCUUUGGGGUCCAGGAUCGGUCCCAACUCCGUGUUGGCAAGGCCACGAUACCAGAGUUGCCCAACGACUUCAACGAGCGGGUGCGAGCGGUGAUCGAAAAGAGCAGACACCACCUGUCCAGGGGUGUCGGUAGCAUUACUUUCCCUCACCUGCACAUUGUCCGGGAGGAUGGCGAGCCAAGUCUGAAGUUGUGGGCACAGACAUUGUUAGUGGAGGAUCGUUCAGAUCAAGCCCCAAGCCUUGGUCAAUUCAUGGGUUCUCUUAGAGAAAAGGUGAGUUGAACGAGCCAUCUUAUUAGAAGAGAGCAUGGGAUACUAAAUUGCAAUGACAGGUUGUGCAAUAGAAGGACAAGUUGAGACGUA